UCGAUCAGCCAAGCCUAGUCCCAAGAGAGACUACAGAGGAAGAACGACGUGACCGGAAUGGAGUUGGGUCUUCUGCUGUUGAUGGUAUUGACCUUAACGGGAAGCGCACCCGCACCGACUGACCAGUACAGCAGAGCGGUGAAAUAUAAGGCCUGAGUAGAUGAUGAAAGGUGGAUGCAAUUUUUAUAAAAACCCACAGAGAAACUGUUGAAUGAGCCAACACCUUUUCUUUCUGCCGCCUAUGCAACCGCAACUACAGGAUUGGUUGAGCAGGUAUGGCUAUCUUCCUCCGCCUGACCCGCGAGCAAGUAAACUGCAGACCAAAGAGGGGAUUGAAAAAGCCAUCCGUGUCAUGCAGAGAUACGGCGGGGUCCACGAAACUGGGGUGCUCGACAGUGAAACCCUCAAACUCAUGUCCACACCACGAUGCUCCCUCCCUGAUAUUGUUGGAAGUGAAGACAUGCUGAGGAGGAGGAGGAGGAAAAGAUAUGCCCUGUCAGGCCUCAAGUGGCAUAAGACAGACCUCACAUGGAGUGUCCACAGCUACCCAUCGCCCUCCCUCUCACCCGGCCUGCCUAACAGUUUGGUGGACAACAUCCUGACUCACGCCUUAAAAGCCUGGAGCGACGCAGCCCCCUUGAAUUUCCGUUGGCUGCCGAGUGACAGCAGGGUGGCGGCAGCUGGGGGGGACAUCAGAGUGUCUUUUACCAGCAUGUUUCACGACGACGGGUACCCUUUUGACGGGCAGGGUGGCACCCUGGCCCAUGCCUUCUUCCCCGGCAGGAAUGAUAUGGCGGGUGACACACACUUUGAUGAUGAUGAGAUCUGGAGCUAUGGAGGUUCCAGCAGCACAACAGAUUUGUUCACAGUUGCAGUGCACGAGUUUGGCCACGCACUGGGCCUGUCCCAUUCCUCCUCUGAUCCGUCCAUCAUGAGGCCAUACUACCAGGGCCCUGUGGGAGACAUUCAAAACUUCAUGCUGGCCCUGGACGACAAGCAGGCCAUCCAGCAGCUUUAUGGUGUGAAGGAUGAAGGGCCGCCAGGUGGUGUUGAUCCUGAAAUCCCGCGCCUGCCCAGUCCACCUCCUCCAAGACCAACACAGCCUUCUGACCCCUCAUUCAGCGAGCGCUGUCAGGGAGGCUUUGACGCAGUGGCAAAUAUCAGGGGAGAGGUCUUCUUUUUUAAAGGUGCACACUUUUGGAGAACUAAGCAAGACGGGUCUUUAGUGUCCCUCAAUCCGGCUCAGAUCAAAAACUUCUGGAUUGGCCUGCCGCCAGGAACAAACAAGGUCGACGCAGUGUAUGAGAGGAAGAGUGACAGCAAAAUCAUCUUCUUCAUUGGAUCUCAGUACUGGGUCUUCAAGGACACAGUGGCCAUGGCCGGUUACCCUCGACCCCUCUCUGAAUGGGGCAUGAGGACAAAGAGCGGGGCACUGGUGGAGAGUGUGGAUGCAGCCUUCAUCUGGGCCCACAACGGCAAGACAUACCUGUUCAGCAACGGGGAGUUUUGGAGGUUUGACGAGAGCCAUGGGAGCGGAGAGGUGACCUGGCUGCAAGCGCCGGACUACCCACGGAGCAACAGCCUCUGGGGAGGAGUGCCCUCCCACAUGGAUGACGUCAUCACCUGGGGAGAAGGAGAUAGCUACUUCUUCAAGGACAACCAUUACUGGGUGCUGAAGAGAGGAGGACUCAACCAAGAUGUCGUCACCCCUAAGUCCAUUGCUGUAGACUGGCUCAGAUGUCCAGCUCCGCCUACAACCCCCGCUGCUCCAGCCAAUCCUCGACACCCAAAGGAGUGCAGCUGUGACAUAAAGGGAUCAUCUUCAGGCCUAAGAAGCAGCUGGCUCCUCCUGAUCUCUGUUAUAUUGGUAAUUGAUAAGUUUAUUAGAAAAUAGACACCUGACUGAUUUGUGUGGCUUCAGGCUUUUUUUGUACUAGUUCUCUUAUUUCACUGGGGGGUAAUAAAGCUCUUUACAUCAUCAUACACUUAGAGUACAUUACAAUCCAUUAGCUGGUUUCAAAUUACAUACUAGUGUCAUGAAAAGCGGAUGUUAAACACCCUGCCUUAUACUUUAACAUAAACCCUAUGUUACUGUAAUUACUUAUUUUAUUUACACACUGCUGACCAGUGAAAAUAGUAAAUUUCGUGUCCUCCCUCCUUCCCGCUAUAGAAUUUCACACCUCCUUUUUCUAUAGUGAGUAUUAGAUUACGCGGAACACAGAAAUCCAGCACGUAGGGUACUCCCUGUAAUGAGGCCUUACACAACCACCUUAUGUUAGGACAGUAAACAGGCAACACAAACAUAAUUAAGUGCAAUAGUCAAUUUCUUUAUCAGAGCUAAUUUUUUUUAAAAUUCUGAGCAGAUUUGUGCACGUGCAUAUAAAUAUAUACACAGUACAAACAGAAAUAUGCUUUGUGAAGAAGGACCUGUGGUUUGUUGUGUUAUUUGUAUAUUUUGGUGUUUGAUGUUGUAAAUAUGAGAAUGAUCGAGAAGAAAAAUCUAACUUUUGUUGACCCGGCCGCUAUUAUUAUUACAGUUCUGCACACAGAAAUGUGGACUCACAAGCAGGAGCAGUUAAAAUAUUAGACUUAGGCACUCAGGUACGAGUUCAAACCAGAAACAGGCUGUGAUAAGGAACAAAAAGGAUGAAAAGAGUGCGGAUGUAUAUGCAGGGGAAUGGGGAACAGCUGUACUGGGUGCAACUGCAGGGCAGGUUGGAGAACAGCACAUAUCUGAAAUGACAGGAGGGGUUAAUGACUGAAAAAACAGGAAAAACAACUGUACAAAAGGGACAGAAGUAGACAUUGUGACAUACACAUUCAAGCUUUUUUUAUUUUAUUUCUUUUACUGUAAUAAAAGAAAAAAAACAUUUUCUUAUUUGAUCAUUAAAUGUUGCUUAUAUCUGUCACUGUAAUGCUUUUGAGGUGGAGCUCUUAAGGUGUAAUUAAGUAAAUCAUUUAAGUUAGUAAGGUUUAGGGAUUUUGAUUUAAAUGUAAUGUUCAUUUUAAUGCUUUAAAGUUAUAUGGCAACUAUAAAAGUAUGUUGUACUGUAGCUGCAGGUCUGUGUGCAAGGAAUCAACAAAUAGGACAAUUUUAAGUGUUUAAUAGAAAAUAUUAAAAUUCUUCUCAAUGAAAA